CACGUGACCGUCACUUCACGUGACCGCGCGGCGGCCGCGCGGCGCGAUGGCGGCGGGGCUGGCGCGGCUUCUGUUGCUCCUCGGGCUCUCGGCCCGCGGGCCCGCGCCGGCAGGUGCAGCGAAGAUGAAGGUGGUGGAGGAGCCCAACUCGUUCGGGGUGAACAACCCGUUCUUGCCCCAGGCCAGUCGCCUCCAGGCCAAGAGGGAUCCUUCACCCGUGUCUGGACCCGUGCAUCUCUUCCGACUCUCGGGCAAGUGCUUCAGCCUGGUGGAGUCCACGUACAAGUAUGAGUUCUGCCCGUUCCACAACGUGACCCAGCACGAGCAGACCUUCCGCUGGAACGCCUACAGUGGGAUCCUCGGCAUCUGGCACGAGUGGGAGAUCGCCAACAACACCUUCACGGGCAUGUGGAUGAGGGACGGUGACGCCUGCCGUUCCCGGAGCCGGCAGAGCAAGGUGGAGCUGGCGUGUGGAAAAAGCAACCGGCUGGCCCAUGUGUCCGAGCCGAGGACCUGCGUCUACGCGCUGACGUUCGAGACCCCCCUCGUCUGCCACCCCCACGCCUUGCUAGUGUACCCAACCCUGCCAGAGGCCCUGCAGCGGCAGUGGGACCAGGUAGAGCAGGACCUGGCCGAUGAGCUGAUCACCCCCCAGGGCCAUGAGAAGUUGCUGAGGACACUUUUUGAGGAUGCUGGCUACUUAAAGACCCCAGAAGAAAACGAACCCACCCAGCUGGAGGGAGGUCCUGACAGCUUGGGGUUUGAGACCCUGGAAAACUGCAGGAAGGCUCAUAAAGAACUCUCAAAGGAGAUCAAAAGGCUGAAAGGUUUGCUCACCCAGCACGGCAUCCCCUACACGAGGCCCACAGAAACUUCCAACUUGGAGCACUUGGGCCACAAGACGCCCAGAGCCAAGUCUCCAGAGCAGCUGCGGGGUGACCCAGGACUGCGUGGGAGUUUGUGACCUUGUGGUGGGAGAGCAGAGGUGGACGCAGCCAAGAGCCCUACAGAGAAGCUGGCUGGUAGGACCCGCAGGGACCAGCUGGCCAGGCUUGUGCUCAGAGAAGCAGACAAAACAAAGAUUCAAGGUUUUAAUUAAUUCCCAUACUGAUAAAAAUAACUCCAUGAAUUCUGUAAACCAUUGCAUAAAUGCUAUAGUGUAAAAAAAUUUAAACAAGUGUUAACUUUAAACAGUUCGCUACAAGUAAAUGAUUAUAAAUACUA